ACAAAGCACAUCAGGUGCAACACUAGCCGCAAGCACAAGAAAUAGGCAGCAAUGGCGAGGCAUGGCCUCCUCGCCGUGCUCCUCAUCGGGGUAGUGGCAGCAUCCACUUUCCACCAAGCAUCCGCUGCUGGCCGAGGCCUUGCUGCCGUCAAGAAGUUUGCAGAGCCAAAGCCAAAGCCAGAACACAAACCAGAGCCAAUGCCAAAACCUAUGCCACUCUCAGAGCCGGAGCCUUGCAAACCUGAACCGAUGCCCAAACCCAAACCAAAGCCUAGACCCAAGCCUGAACUUGGACCCAAGCCCGAGCAGAUGCCAAAACUGAAGCCAAAGCCCAAGCCCAAGCCCUGCUCCAAACCAAAGCCAAAGCCUAAGCCCGAGCCCAUGCCGAAACCUGAACCAAAGUCGGAGCCCAAGCCUAAACCUGAACCGAAACCGAAGCCGCCUCCAAAGUGCAAACCACCGACCAAUCACAGUUGAUCGAUGGGAUACUGAUAUAUGCCAGUUACUGGAGGAGACCCCGUAUGAAGCCACAGUGUGUUAUUUCUAGAAUAAGUGGUGUUGUAUUCCCUGUAUUCAUUUAUAGUUCCAUGCACGUGUGAUAAGUAUUAGUACUCUGUAAUUAUUAUUUGCAUGUUGGUAUAUGUUAAAUCUACUUUGUAUGUGACUCGGCACAUUCUUUUGAGUAUCUACGCAUGAUCGCAUCCAUUUAUAUGAAUGAGCUAUUCUGUCCA